ACACACUGGAGAGUGAGAGAAUUUUUAAGGUAUUUAAUUUUUUAGAGAGAGAAAACAAAAAAAACCAGACCAGAAAGGAAAGGAAAUUAACUCACAACACUUCUCUUUUCUUUCCUUCUUCUUCAUUUUUGUCAUAAUCUUCUUCUUCUUCACUUUCUGAUUUCGAAUCUGCAGAAUUUUUCAACUAUCAAUACUUUGAGUAUUUGAUUACAAUCUAGACUUCUUCUGUGAUUGGGAGAAAACCCUAGAAAACAAUGUUUACUGAAGGACUGGAUAAGAAUGCUGUUAGAUGGGCUAGAGAGGGUACUACUGGUACAAAGGAAAGGCAAUUUGCUGGAACAACGGCUGGACAGAGACCAUGGGUGGAUCCACUGUCAAGAAAUGGAGGUAGAGGAGGUAGAGGUUUUGGGUUACCGCCAACAGAUAAGUUUCGAAGUGGGCAUUUGCCAUCUGGAGUAAUUCCGUUACCACGUUCUGUAGAUGCAGAUGAUAGUUCAGAUAUGGAUGAAUCAUCUGAUGAAGAAAGUGCUAGAUAUUCAAUUGAUUCGCCUCCACGGAGAUAUACAAAGCCGUUGCCAAGGCAAACGCAGUAUACUAGUGAUGCAAUGACUUCUGAUUUUAGUUCUUCGUUAGAUACAGUGAGGCAGAGACAAGUGGGGAAUGGAAUUGUAGGUAGAGGAAUUGGUGGUAGUAGGUAUCCUCCAGUGGGUGUGCAUGAUUAUACUGAAGAUGAUGAAUCAUCUGAUUCUAUGAGUUCUGAAUUUCCAUCCAGUAGAAACAGAACUAACACUAGUUCUGCUGCACCUGGUGGAGGAACUUACACUUCUGAGGGGUAUGCUUCAAGUGUUCCUUCACAAUCAAAUACCGAAAUUCAAUGUCAAAAGGAUUUUCGUGCAAGACAUCUACAAAAUAAGAAGUUAUCUGAUGAUGAUGUCCCCAGUGCACCUCCUUUAAGUGGUUAUGAUCAGGGGACUGACCUAGAUGUGGAGCAGCCAUCCAAUUCUAUAGCGAAUGGUGGUUUAGCGUCAAGAAAAGAACCAAGCACAUCUGUGAAUGUGGUUCCGGGCGUCAGUGUUCCAGAUAAAACUGAAAAUGGGAUUUUGGAUAAGUCUUCAAGGGCCUCUGUAGGUGUCGAAACUGCUGCAUCUUCAGGUUCAUUACCAGCUCGCCUUCCCACAUUUCAUGCUAGUGGUCAAGGUCCAUGGUAUGCUGUCAUUUCAUAUGAUGCAUGUGUGCGCCUUUGUCUUAACUCAUGGGCAAGGGGUUGCACGGAAGCUCCCAUCUUUCUCGAAAACGAAUGUGCCUUGCUGCGAAAUGCGUUUGGUUUACAGCAAGUACUGUUGCAAUCUGAGGAAGAGCUAUUAGCAAGUAGGUCGUCGAAGCUCGUUGGUGAGGGAGCUGCACCGAAGCCCAAGAAAAUCAUUGGCAAGAUGAAGGUUCAAGUCCGUAAGGUCAAAAUGGCUCUAGACCCUCCUACAGGCUGCAGCUUUUCAUCUCUAAAGUCACCCAGCAUAAAAUUGGAAACAAUUCGUUAUCGUGUUUCAAAUUUACAAUCCACUCUUUCCUCUGGAUGCGAAGCUCUCCGAAGAGUUAGGGUAGUACGUCGAAUACCUGCUAGUGGAUCUUUUUCGCAGCAUAGCUUGGCAUAUGUGCACGCAAGCACCCAGUAUUUAAAACAGGUCUCUUCACUCCUUAAAGUCGGUGUGACAACUCUGCGCAGUAGUUCUGCAUCAUAUGAAACAGUACAAGAGACGUAUUCUUGUCUGUUGAGGUUGAAAAGUUCAACCGAAGAGGAUGCAGUUCGGAUGCAACCUGGAUCUGGUGAAACACAUGUAUUCUUCCCAGACAGCCUUGGUGAUGAUCUUUUCAUUGAAGUUCAGGAUUCUAAGGGAAAGUACUACGGUCGUGUAGUUGCUCAAGUGGCCAGUAUCACUGACGACUCGGGUGAAAAGCUUCGUUGGUGGUGUAUUUAUCGCGAACCAGAGCAUGAGCUUGUAGGCAGAGUACAAUUGUACAUCAAUUAUUCAACUAGUCCAGAUGAGAAUGGUCAUCUUAAGUGUGGCUCUGUCGCAGAAACCGUGGCAUAUGACCUGGUUUUAGAAGUUGCCAUGAAAAUGGAGCAUUUUCAGCAAAGGAAACUGUUAUUGGAUGGUCCAUGGAAAUGGUUACUGACAGAAUUUGCAUCCUACUAUGGAGUUUCAAAUGCUUAUACGAAACUAAGAUACCUUUCGUACAUUAUGGAUGUAGCUACACCCACGGAGGAUUGUCUUGUCCUGGUGCAUGAUUUAUUGUUACCUGUACUUAUGAAAGCACGCAGUAAAAACACGCUGAGUCACCAAGAGAAUCGCAUCUUGGGGGAAGUUGAAGAUCAAAUUGAGCAGAUUUUUGCAUUGGUUUUUGAAAAUUACAAGUCUCUGGAUGAAUCAUUUCCGUCAGGAAUGGUGGACGUUUUUAGACCCGCAUUUGGAUCUCCAGCGCCGGCUUUGAUUCCUUCUGUCAAGCUUUAUACCCUUCUGCAUGACAUAUUCUCUCCGGAAACGCAAUUGAAACUUUGCGGCUAUUUUCAGGUUGCUGCUAAAAAAAGAUCACGGAGACAUUUGGCGGAGACUGAUGAGUAUGUUGCUGCCAGUAAUGAAUGCGCAUUGAUGGAUUCACUGACGCUUUCCACUGCAUAUCAGAAAAUGAAAUCCCUCUGCUUAAAUAUCAGAAAUGAAGUCUUUACUGAUAUGGAGAUCCAUAAUUGCAACGUGCUUCCUAGUUUCAUAGAUCUACCAAACAUUUCUUCAGCAAUUUACAGUGUGGAGCUUUGUAGUCGGUUGCGUGCAUUCCUUGUUGCAUGCCCUCCUACUGGCCCCACACCUCAUGUCGUUGAGCUUGUAAUUGCAGCUGCGGAUUUCCAAAGGGAUCUUGCAAAUUGGAAAAUCAAUCCUGUCAAAGGUGGGGUGGAUGCAAAGGAGCUGUUCCAUUUGUACAUCAUCCUUUGGGUUCAAGAUAAGCGCCUAUCUCUGCUCGAGUCAUGUAAACUAGACAAGGUGAAGUGGUCGGGAGUCAAAACUCAACAUUCUACAACUCCAUUUGUUGAUGAGAUGUAUGAGCGGCUGAGAGAAACCUUGAACGAAUACGAGAUCAUCAUUUGCCGAUGGCCAGAAUAUACCUUUGUUCUUGAAAAUUCGAUUGCAGAUGUCGAAAAGGCGAUUGUGGAGUCUCUGGACAAGCAGUAUGUAGAUGUCCUGUCUCCCCUGAAGGACAAUCUAGCACCUAAGAAGUUCGGCCUCAAAUACAUACAAAAGCUUGCUAAUCGUUCUGUAACUCCCUAUGUGGUUCCUGAAGAUUUGGGUAUUCUUUUGAAUUCCAUGAAGAGGAUGCUUGAUCUGCUGAGACCUAGGAUAGAGACCCAAUUUAGAUCAUGGGGGUCUUGCAUACCUACCGGUGGAAGUGCAGUCCCAGGGGAGCGUCUCAGCGAAAUUACUGUUAUGCUGAGAACGAAGUUCAGGAACUACCUACAAGCAGUAGUUGAGAAACUUGCAGAGAAUACGAGAAUGCAGAGUGCAACAAAACUGAAAAAGGUCAUCCAAGAUUCUAAGGAAACAGUGGUGGAAUCUGAUGUUCGAAGCAGAAUGCAACCCUUGAAGGAACAGAUAACUAGUACAAUAAAUCACCUUCAUAACAUUUUUGAUACGCAUGUUUUUGUUGCUAUCUGCCGAGGCUACUGGGACAGGAUGGGCCAGGAUGUGCUAAGUUUCCUGGAGAACAGGAAAGAAAAUAGGUCCUGGUAUAAAGGAUCUCGUGUUGCAGUAUCCGUUUUGGAUGAUACUUUCGCAUCACAAUUACAACAACUACUUGGAAAUGCACUACAAGAGAAAGAUUUGGAGCCUCCUAGGUCAAUAAUGGAAGUCCGAUCAAUGCUCUGUAAGGAUGCACCAAAUCAUAAGGAUCCCAACUACUACUACUAGACAUCUAUACCUGUUUGUAUGUAAAAUGUACAUCAAACUUUUCUAAAUAUACAAGCUUGGAAAACGAAGACAAAACUACAGGCCUUAAAAGGGUAUGGGUUUGGUGUAUCGUUGGAGACGUUGAUAAGGUGACAAAUCAUCGUUUGCCAGAACCGGCGAAAUAAUGUUUCAGCUUAAGGAGAGGUCAAACCAAAUUUUGUACAGGAAGAGAGAACAACUUGUCAAGCUUGCCGUAUCAGUCUCUGAUGUUUUCUAAUUCUUUUUGUCUUUUUUUUUUUUAUAUAUAUUGUGUUAUAUGAUAUGAAAUAGUAUAUGCUCUAACAGAUUGCUUCAACUGAGAACGAACUCUGUCGCUUGAUUAAAAUAGAACAGAUUUUGUAAUUUGUUUUUCUCAGAAUUAAUAGAACAGAUUAUUUUGUCCCCCCUGA